GUGCGGGUCCUUCGGACUUCCGGGUGGUGUAUAAACAGGUUGCUAGCCGAGUCGCCUUGUAAAGAUGUCUAAAGUAACGUUUAAAAUCACCCUGACGUCGGACCCCCGGCUGCCAUACAAAGUACUAAGCGUCCCAGAGAGCACGCCGUUCACAGCAGUUUUGAAGUUUGCGGCUGAGGAGUUCAAAGUGCCGUCAGCAACCAGCGCAAUAAUAACAAAUGAUGGAAUAGGAAUCAACCCUGCCCAGACAGCAGGGAAUGUGUUUCUAAAACACGGCUCAGAGCUUCGCAUCAUUCCCAGAGACAGAGUGGGAGGACAAGGAGACUGAUGCUGCUUUUCCCUCCUUGACGGCAAUAAUCACUCACCCGGCAGAAUCAUAUAACACUUGAGACCCAGGAAACACCUCAGCGUGUGUCAUAUUUAUUUUCUGGCCCACAACUGACAGUGACUCACAUGAGAAUAUAUAUAUUUAAACGUGAUGACAUGCAUACACUCUUGCAUGCUCCCUGCUUCAGCUUUUUUCUUUUCAUCUUCUAAGUGUAGCUGCAUCAAAAGAUUUACCCAGUAAUUGACAUACACAAACACAGCAGCGUCAUCCUGGGAAAGAUUUUAGCGAAGAUUAACAAACAGCUGAGUGAACAGUUAUAGCUUUUGUAUCUUUGUAAAUGACAAUAAACAAUCAGUAUGGCUAACAGUA